UCUGCAUCGCUUCUCGGCCUUUUGGCUAAGAUCAAAGUGUAGUAUCUGUUCUUAUCAGCUUAAUUGUGCACUCAUUUAUUUUUAUCUUCACAGUGGAAUGUUGCUGAUGGAUUAACUUCACUCUUCUGGAGAACGGAGCUGAAGCGGAGCUAAAGCGGUCUCUUUGUUGGACGCUCCCAACUCCAUGCUGCCUAGAUUGAUCUUGCCGAGAGGCCUCUUGUUUUCCUGCAUUUCUGGGAUUUCUUCACACGAUUCAAGGAUACGUUGAUGAUGUCGUCUCCACAUCGCCUUGCUGCCCGGCCGAAGCCUCGACCACCCCCUGAUGUCCGGAGCCCUGGUUCUAGAUCUCCACCUUUUGCUAGAUGCCCUGAUGAUUCCUCCGACCUCCCUAGUGGACUCCUGAACACUUCUUCUCUCGUCUCUGGAGUUUCCCCGCCCAGGCCUGCUGCGAGUGAUGGCGCCUUUCCUGGAGUGCUCACUUCCCUACCUGUACAGCCCGAUUGUUCCAGUUUGACUUCCCGUCAGUCCUGUGCCACCACUUUUGUCCCCAAUGAUGCGUUGCUGGAUUCGAGUGCCGCUAAUGGACUGUGUCUUCACAGAGAGGUUACCAAUGUCUCUACGCCUCAUCCUUUGCCACCUGCUGAUGGAUGUCCACUGUCUACUUUGGACACGCCUCCUGGACCCCCUGGUGCUCCUCGUCAUGUUGCUGCCUUUGUUACGCCUACAGUUCCACCCUUGGGAAGAAGCGGUCAAAUCUGUGAGCUUCUCCGUAGAAUUCGGGCCAGCAAUACUGCUCCCUCCCCUCCGUUGACUGCUGUCACUUCUACAAGACAUGACUCACCUAUUGCUGCGGUUAAGUUUCCCACAAUGCAUGUCUCUUCCACAUCCAGCUUGACGUCUUCAUGUCAUCCGGGGGAGAUCUUGGAUACUUUGCUUCCCUCUAAUAGUCUUCAGAAUAUGUCUUCUUAUGUCAGUCCUCGCAGUUAUACUUCUCCAAGAGUCUGCACUAUCUGCGGGAAAGCCUUCUCGCAGAAAAGAAAACUUGAAAAACACAUCAGAACGCACCGUAGUGAUGACUCCCGGACUCUACAUGAUGAUUCCAUCCUUCAGGCUUCUUCCUGCGCACCAAAUGACAUCACCGGUGAAUCACCCGUCUGCCAUCACACCAGGUCACGUACUGCUGCUGGCCACGCUUAUCCACCUGUGAAUGUUGCUUCCUCUGCAACGGGUUGCAAUUCCUCUUCUCCUGUUCCACAGUCUGAGUGUCCGUCCGAUUCAGCAUCCUCCUGCGCUCCAUGCCCUCACUGCGUGUCUUCUGCCCAUGUGUCACCUGCACCGUCUGCUUCACCCCCUGCUUCUCCUGCUGACCCUGCUGAUGUCUCCUUGCCGGAUGAUCCCGAUGGGAGCUCCUCCCCCCGGUACCUUAGGACUCAAAAUGAGGAUUCUCAGGAUGCCUCUGUCAGUCGUCCUGGCUGCUCAUCUGACCCUGCUGGUGGCUCUCCUGCUGCUGAUGGACCUACUGACUCAGUCCCACGCCAGCCUUCUCGAGAGGAGUCAUCCUUGCUUGUCUUCUUUCCCAUUCCCCCGAAUUUCGUUUGCACAGAGACUGGAUGCAGAUUUGCCUACAGCAGUUGCAAGUGGACUGCACAGAGAAGAUCACUGGAAAGGCAUUUGCUUAAUAACCAUGAUAUUGAAAUCCAUUCAGUCAAAUACUUCUGCCUCCAUUGCAACAACGCCAUAAGUGGACGACCGUCACACCACUCCUGCCUCGCAAAUGGACUACACCUUAUGUCGCAGUCUGAGACUUCUUCAGUACAACGUAGAUUCCAAUGCCGGCUAUGUGACAGGUCUUUCACUUCUAGGAAGGGCCUUGACAAUCACCGGAUGUAUCACAGAAGACAGGAUGCAAGGAACAGGAACUUGGCUACACUCACUUCAGCUGUACUUCCUGUCUCUCCUCGGGCUUCUACUACCAGUCCUAAUGAUGUUGCCCCAGCGAUUGCAAGUAAUCCUGAUCCAUCCGUGACGACUGUGCUACCUCCUGCAAGUCCAUGCCCCCCAUUGGCUUCUGUUGCUCCUGCUCCUGCUCUACAGGCCCCUCCUGCCUCCAGUGCCCUUUCCUGCUUCCUGCCAAUCCUUGACAACAUCCUGAACAGCGAGGUCACCAAUGACUCCUGGGACCUCUUCCAGAACACACUCAAUGAGAUCAUCGGGUUUGCACAGGGGGAAUGCAGGCUUCAGUCGUCUGUUCCCACUCCCCAGCGGGCCCCUGUAAAUAUUGAUGACGCCACUGCCUUACAGAAGCUUUACAGAAGGAAUAGAAGGCGGGCGGCACGGCUUAUUAUGUCUGGCAAUUCAAGGAACUGUGAAAUUCCCCUCUCACGCCUAGAGGAACACUUUAGCCACACCAGGACGGACAGAACUUUCAACAACUCCAUCCUCAACUCUAGAUCCCCGCCACAGAUCUCUUCGCCGAUUAAUAUGGAGCCUUUCACUGAAGCUGAGGUUAUUACCAGGCUCAGAAGAUUUGAGAACACGGCACCUGGGCCGGAUCGACUCACUUACAACCAUUGGAGAUCUCUGGACCCGGAGGGAUGCGUUCUGACUGUUCUCUUUAACAUCUGCCUUCGGUUCCGUAGAAUCCCUCACUCUUGGAAGAACUCUAGGAGCAUCUUGAUUUACAAGAAAGGCGACCCUGACGACCCGAAUAACUGGCGACCGAUUUCACUUUGUCGGACUAUUGCAAAGAUUUUCUCUGGCCUCCUUGCUACUAGACUGUCCGAUUGGCUUGAAUGCAAUGACAUCCUCCACCCAGGCCAAAAGGGAUUUCGCCCAUUUGAUGGUGUUGUGGAGAACAACUUCCUGCUUCAAAAGAAGAUGAAUGAUGCUAGAACACAGAAAAAAGACCUUUGUGUUGCGUGGAUGGAUAUUGCUGACGCCUUCGGGUCCGUCCCACACUCAGCUAUCUCUGACACUCUUGAGUACAUUGGUGCUGGAAAUCACUUCUGUAGCAUCAUCAAAGACAUGUAUGAAAAUGUAUCUACUGAAUUCGUGUCAAACGACGGUACCACGCCCCCCAUCCCAGUUCGCUCUGGCAUCCUUCAAGGUGAUCCUCUGAGUGGCGUUCUCUUUGUCACAACAAUGGAUCCCAUUCUCUGGAACACGGCCUCUUCGGACAGCGGUGCUAUUCUGGCAUAUGCAGAUGACGUUGCCCUCCUUGCUUCCUCACCUGCUGAGCUUCAGUCACUGAUCAACAAAUUCUCCACUUCAUGUGACUUACUCUCGCUUGGGAUUAAUGGAACUAAGUGCGCCUCCCUUCACCUGACCGGUUGCAGACCUGCUGGCACUCGACCCACGCAGUUCAACAUCAAUGGACAGCCCAUCCGCCACCUCAAUGAUGGAGAGACUUGCGACUUUUUGGGAAAGCCAGUUGGAUUCCUGGGAGAAUGUGGCACUCCUUCCAGCAUCGAGCGGUUCAUUGGAAAUGGACGGAGACUCCUGACAUCAAAAUUGGCACCCUGGCAGAGAUUGGAUGCCGUUAAAAACAUUCCUGUACCCAUCCUUCACCUUUGCAAUGCGCACAUCCCAGAUUCCUAA